AUGACACCAGAGAAAUCGCUCCCCAAGCCCAACUACACUUUGCAUGAGCUGGACUACUCCUACUUCUUGACGCUAUGGAUCAUGACCAACGUCUGCCUCGUCGUCUCCGGCGCAGCUGGCAUCGUAUUCAUGCGACGUACGCUCAAGAUCGAGACCUUUACUGAAAUAUUCGUCUGCAUGACGAAGCUCGUCAAGAAUCCUGAGCAGUACAAGGAUGUCGCGGCUACGUUGUUGGCAAACGCACCACCGUCCAUAUCGCAAGCUGGCUUAGUGUACUUCGCGAUGUACUUCGCCUUUGUUGCCGUUCUUUGGGUUUACAUGAACUUGUAG